AUGGACCAGGUCACAAUCCUUCCCUUCGUCGACUUCCAGCAUGACGCCCUCGCGGUGUUUGACGAUGUCGAGCAAGGCAUUGUCUUGAAGGAAGACGUCUGGGUCUCAGCUUACCACGUCGGACAGUCUUUAGUGAACGGCAAGAUUGGCGUCUCGGUGCGCGAGGGCGGCGGUGUGGACAUGACAUCGAGGGAAGGCGUCGAGGUCGAGCGUGUAUCCAAGACCAACUUCCUCGUCACUGUCCCCUCUCUUUCCAUCUCCAAUCUUCCCGUCCGUUUCCCGCGCCAGGUGGUCAACCUGCCGUACACCAAGGCGACCAAUGUUUCGCCCGAACUCCAUGUCAACAGCAUCGACUAUUCUGACAAGUCAGGGCAGCUUGUCGUUGGCGGAACAGACGGGUACGCAGUUGUCGUGUCUCCAACAGAUCCCAAGGCCCUGGUCGAGCUCAAGGGGCACGUCGGCGACGUUCUCCAUGUGGAGUGGUUCCCCAGCGGCGAGGUCGUCCUUACUGCAUCGUCUGACCUGUCUGUGCGCAUCUUUUCCUCGCAGACGGGCAUCAACCCACGUACGCUUCGCGGCCACACACGCGCCAUCACCGCCACGCACAUUGUCGGUGUGGGCCGCCAGGUGCUCUCGGCAAGCAAGGACGGCACCGUGCGCCUCUGGGACGUUGGCAAGGGCGAAGAGGUCAAGCAGUGGAAUGUGUACCCCGGCAAGUUCAUUGACGCCAUGGUCGUCGUCGAAGACGCGCGUGGUCUCCGCGCCCUCGGCGUGGACAGCGAGGACGAGCACGUCAUCCUGGCUGCCACGCCCGACGGAACCGUGUCGGCGUUUGCGUUGUCGUCCGACUCGGGCUCCCCGGCACUGUUCACCUCGCGUGCGCUCGUCGACUCGAGGCUCGAAUGCAUCGCCUACUCGCCCGCCACGGGCCUGAUCGCCACGGGCCACACGAACGGCACCAUCGUGGUCCGCAACAUGGACACUCUCCUCGCGGCGCCCGGCGCCAUCGAGGACGUCCCUCCACUUAUCGUUCGGCGUAAUGUGGGGCCCGUAUUCAGCCUUGUGUUUGUGGACCACGCGAGCGGCGACGACACCGACCUGCUCGUGGGCACCAGUGCGGGCCUCCCGUGCCGCCUGGGUCUCGCUGUUGACGGCGCCACCAUUACGCCCACGGUCAAGGAGGAGUAUGCGGGAUGGGAGGCCGUCAGCGUCGAGACUUGGGCAGUUGCAUCGGAUGGUGUGUGGUGUGCUGGCGGAGAGGGAGGAGUCAGGAGGUAUUAA